CAGUCUCUGAGAGAGUUGAUCAGCGAGCGACUAGCUGCUGCUGCUGAAGAAAUCUGCAGACUCUGUGAAGGAACCAUCGUCCAGUACGAGCAGGAGCUCUGUCGUCAGCGCAGACUGCUGGAUAUCGCCUGGAAACCACAGAUUCAGCUCCACCGCAUAGACCUCCCCCAGGAUUAUCUGAUAAACCAGGAGAAAAACUCCCAUGGCAAGCAGGAGGAGCAAGAGGAACCAGAACCUCUUCAGAUGAUGGAGGAGCAAGAAGAACCUGAAUCUCCUCAGAUGAAAGAAGUGCAAGAAGAACCAGAACCUCUUCAGUUGAUGGGGGAGCAAGAGGAACCAGAACCUCCUCAGAUGAUGGAGGAGCAAGAAGAACCUGAACCUCUUCAGAUGAUGGAGGAGAAAGAAGAACCUGAAUCUCCUCAGAUGAAAGAAGUGCAAGAAGAACCAGAACCUCUUCAGAUGAUGGAGGAGAAAGAAGAACCUGAAUCUCCUCAGAUGAAAGAAGUGCAAGAAGAACCAGAACUUCCACAUCUAAAACAGGAGCAAGAGGAACCAGAACCUCCCCAGAUGAAAGAAGUGCAAGAAGAAUCACAACUUCCACAUCUGAAAGAGGAGCAAGAAGAGCCAGAACCUCCUCAGAUGAAAGAGGAGCAGGAAGGGUUCUUCAUCAUUCAAGAUGAGGAGCAGCUUGAUCUGAAGCAGGAGGAUGAACAGACCGACCCACAGAACAGAGAUCAGAGGAACAGAACAGAUGGAAGUCAUGUUCAAAAAGAGGACAUGUCAGAAAGUCAAUUUGAUAUUGACUCAGAGGUGAAGGAACGCAUUUGUAAAGAGUGUGGGAGAAUGUGCGUGUCUUAUAGUGGUUUGCGGAGUCACAUGCGAUGCCACAUUGGAGAAAUGCGUUUUCCCUGUAAAAAAUGUAAAAAACGUUUCAGGUUACGUUCUGAUCUAAAAAAACACGCGAUCAUUCAUAGAGAAGAAGAACAGCCUCCUAUUAUCUUUAAGAAAUACCGCGGAAGGUUCAAGCCAAGUUAUGUAAUUAAAAAUAACACGUUAAUUCAUACUGGAAGAAGGCCCUUUUCCUGUGAAGAAUGUAAACUCACACAGGAGAUAAACCAUUUUCAUGUAAAGAAUGUGACAAAAGUUUCAUUCAAAUGUGUAAUCUCAAAGUACACAUGAGAACUCAUACAGGAGAAAGGCCUUUUUCGUGUAAAGAAUGUGACAAACGGUUUAGGCAAAACAUUGCUCUCAAAAGACACAUGAAAACUCAUACAGGAGAAAGGCCUUUUUCAUGCAAAGAAUGUGACAAACGGUUUAGGAAAAGCAUUGCUCUCAAAAGACACAUGAAAACUCAUGCCGAAGAUAAAUCAUUUUGAUGUAAAGAAUAUGGCAAACCUUUUUGUCAAAUAUCUCAAAAGACACUUGAGAACUCAUACAGGAGAAAAGCCUUUUUCGUGUUAAAAAAUACAUAUGUGACUGUAGUUUUGAACAAAUCUGUUCUGUCAAACAAGGUAAAAAAUGUUAGUCUAAGCUCAAAAUCAGGAAAACUUGCAUCAAAGAACUUGCACCGUAAAAUACAUUAGGGUUGUGAGAAAGUGUUACAUUUUCUUUCAUAAACAAAUAAACUUGAGUUUUAUACAACACUAUCAUUUAUGUAUUUAAACAUUUUAAGUCCUUGUUUUAUGGGGCGGCCACGGUAGGUUCUGUCUUCUCAGAAGGCGCACAGCCCCAU